AUGUUGCUGUCGACAGAUUUAUUCUUCACAAGAGGUCAACACGAGCUAAAGGAACAAUUAUGGCCGAGUCCAAUUUUCCAGGUGUAAAGUUUAGAACAGAAGGGACAUAUGCAUAGAAUCUUACUCCAUUUUGGCUCUAUAUAAUUCAAGUUGUAUGAGAUGAUGAAUAUGAAUCUGCAAAAUUUCUUGAUGAAUAUAUCUUGUUCUACUAAGGAUCUUAAAUCCAUUAUUCAUAAAGAGUUGUCUAAUUGCCUUGUUAUUAAUGAUAAUGAUUGUUAGGUAUCAUUUGAUCCUUUAUUUAGGUAUUCUCUAAAUUGGCUUUCUGCUAAGAAUCAAUACAGUCUUCGCUCCCAGAUAAUUCAUACUUAAAUACUACUUCAUCCUCACUAUACUACAAGUCAUAUAGUUUCCAUCGUUUUUGCCCUAUGGAUGAAGUAUUAUGGAUUAACCAUUAUCUUAAUUGGUUAUCCAUUAGUUGCCUGCAUCCUUAAAUAUAUUAUUUAAUUCCAGAAGUGGCGCUUUAAACGAUUACUACUUGUUAUUUAAACAUUUAUUCUCUUAAAAAAUUAAGAUAUGUUGUUAGGAUUCGAAGUUUGGUUAGGAGAUCAUUGUAUGGUUUGAUUAAAUCGAUUUCUCCUUUCUUUAUAAAGGAUUGA